AUGGACACGCAACCCCAGAAACCGCCAAAGAAGCCCCCGGCAUGCGAUACAUGCAAGGCUCGACGCGUACUGUGCCAUCCACGACUCGAUGGAGGCCCCUGCCCGCGUUGCGCAGAGAAGAAUGAGAUAUGCACAACAACGCCAACCCAGCGUGGUCGGCCGAGGAAGCAUCCGAUUCAAACUACCAAACCGGUGUUUGAAACGCGAAUUAUCAAGCUGCCGCAAAACCCCGGACCCGUCUUCCAAAGCUCUUUCAACGUCCCAGAACUAACGCCGGAGUUUGUGGCUCACUGUUUUGAAGUCAUCCGGCUAAUGCCGCAGUAUAACCAUCCACUUUUGGAAGCUUCCAUGAUCAAGAAAGACAUCCGCGCCGCGUCGUAUCAAAUAGAGCUCCUGCAUCCGCCAUCUCGGGUUUUGGCGCUCUGCGUGCUGACUGCGGCCUCUCUCGCAUCACCUCAUCAUUCGGUGUUGGGACCCGGGCCGCGUCCAGCCUCCCUCGCCGAAUCGACUCAGUUUCUUGCAACAGCCUCUUCGCAAGACCUCCUUGCUUGUGGUAUACGACGGUCAGCAACAUUUCGGGCGCUCAGGAACGAGGCACUGAAGGCGGCUUGGGAGUGUGGUUCGAUGCUCCAACCAUCUGUCGAGAAUGCUGCGUCCUGUUUUAUGUUAGACUUGAUGGAACAGGUGGAUUUUUCGGGUGUUUCGCGGCCUUGGGCAACUGCAUAUAUGGCACAUGUCCGUGCCCUUGCUCCAGGAUGGCAUGCGACAGGCUUCUCUGCAACCGAUGCGACGAUUUGGGGAGCUUUCAUUCUCUCAGAAUCCAUGAUAUCGGCUGCGCGAAGAAUACCCUUACUCGUUACCCAUCAUGACCAACUUGUACUUUGUGGCGCUGAAGCCCAGAGUCUCUGUAGCUUGUUGUCUUCUCUGGAGAAAUCGGAGCGAAACCAGUCUUUCGGGAUGUUUUGGUCAUUUCUGCAGCCUUUCCUGUUUCAUGUGACAACUCUUUCACGCGAACUCUCCGAGAAAAUAGCAGGGGACUACGCCCGUCUUUCACCUCUGUCUGAAGCAGCAGUCAUAUCCUUCAUAACAUCCCUCGCAUCGUUGCAAUCCAUCCUUGAACACAUGCUGGAGCGCGCCGACUCCCUCCUUGCCGGCAGCACCCACUCUUCACAACUAACAAUCGACACCGAUCCCUCACGCCAAGAUCUUAUCGUUCGGUCUUCCGCUUACGCGCUCAUUGUUGGCUACACUGGCCUUUGUUUGCCAUUCUACCGCGAGCUCGAGUACCGCGACACGUAUGCAUCGGCCUCGAUAACUACCAACGCCAACGCCCGCUCGCGAAUAAAGCUGCUGCGGGAACAAGCACGCGAAAUGGCGGGCCACGCGGCCCAGAUGCUUGCGACCGGUCUGCAGCUUCUUCCCUCGGGGCAGUUCACGCCCGUGCAUUACCACUCCAUCCACGCGUGGGCGCAGUUCUGUCUGGAGGAGGCGGACUCAUACGUGGACAUGGAUAUGGACCUGGCGCGAACGAUGGAAAGCUUGUCCAGAGAGAUCAAGCUCAUGAGCUACUGUCUACAUGGUAUUGCCACCCCGACGGCAACACCGCUCAUUGACCGGCUCGACGAUCACGUGAAGCGGACUUACGUGCGGCAAGCGCAGCCUGUGACCAACUCCAGUGUCGGCCCGAUGCCAUACGACCAAGAUAUGGAGUCUUUCCUGACUUCCGUCGACCCGACAGUCAGUGGUACGCACCCUGCAUUCGAGCUCUCCCCGGGAAUAAACGUCCAGCAACCAUACCUGACGACUAAUGACCACCUACAAGCGUGGGACGGUUUGUCCACCAACUAUAUACCUCAUUUGGAUCCUUAUAGAACUAUUUGA